CAACGAAAUGUAGAGCUGGCAGCCCUUCUUGAACAACGCAAUGAGGGACACGAUAGGGUAGUGGCAACUAUAGCUUCGCUUCGAGAUCAACUUCAUCGUCUCCAACUCUCGAGUGAAGACGAGAAACGUAAUUUGGAAGUGUCCACUCAACGCGAGUUGGCUAAAGCCAGAGAUCAGGUUCGAGCGCACUCCCAAACAGUCGGUGCGCUGGUAGCUGCAAAAACGGAACUGGAAGCGAAAUUAGCCCAUUUGGAACGAGCUGCUGAAGCGCGAAGUCAGGAGGUACAGUCCCUCACUGCAACACGGAAUGAAGCUCGCGCCAAACUGCGAGAAGCCGAGGAUGCUCUCCAGCUUGCAAAAAGUGCCGCUUCUCACAGUGAAACUGCCAAGACUGAAGCUCUGGCUCAGGUGCGUUUCCAGCGUUUUCUCUUUAUGCUACUUAUUAAUGGCGUAAUUAGAUGGUUAUUAGAUAUUAUUUGCUGCUUCUCAUUAUGA